AUGGAUUACCGACUUUCUGGACAAUCAGAACAACAUGACCCAGGCGAAGGCCCAAGCAACUGGAACACAACUCGCCCCCGUGCUCCGAGCAUGCCUGCUGGGGCCCAUGGCUCAUACGUUGGCCAGAGUUUCAACACUGUCAACACACAAUCCAGGGGUUUGCCUCAACUCACCCUCACUCCUGUCCCCGCGAUUCAUCCCGGUUACAAUAUCGGCACUCUCGCACCUGGCACCGACCUCACUAUGCAUCGGCAGCAAACAUGGUGGGCCCCUGGCAGCUUCCCACCUUCUCCACCGGGAAAGGGCGCCACAGCGCUUACAGGCCCCAAUUCUUCCAGUGUUACCCAACCCGCAGCAAGUGUGCCCAAUGAACUCAAGGUUCAAGUCAAGGGGAAGUGGUUCGUUGCUCUUGUUUCUCCCGGACAGCAUUCCAUCAUGGACUAUGACUUCGCAAAAUACUUUCUCGAGCUGGAAGGACUGCCCCUUCCGCCUAGGAAGCUGAAGGAGAUCUCGACUUUGACGGAUGGCUACACCUCAGGCCCGAAGGAAUUCGCAGAGUUUACUAUACACAUACCUGAGCUAAACCUGGAAAGCUGGAAGAUGGCAGUUGCCCUUCUCCCUCGCACCGCAAGGAACAAACCAGCCCCGAUACUCUUGGGCCAAAGAUUCUUCGAGCGGAUCGCCAAAGAUCGCAACCAGAUCAGCCACAGACCCGACGAUAUCCAGUUGCCACGGGAGGUCGCGUCAACCCCAGCGAUCGAUUCGACAAACCGCACCGCACCGCAUGCCAUACAUCCUGCAACAAUAAUUGGCGGACAUGCUUCCACAGCGCUCAGAAGAAGAGCCUCUUGUGCAGGCGUCAACGACAACACUGUCAAUCCGCGUGAUUUAUUUCAUCAUCCUCUGGGCAGCUAUUUUGGUGGUGCGCCUCCCGAAGGUGGCUUUUCUUAG